UUGCUGUCAAUGUAUCCACUGUUGUUCUCUGUCAUUUUUAAUCAUCAGUCUACAAAUAUUUUUUUAUAUUAACAAUUUGCUUGAAACGUGAUAUUAAAUUACGCUUGCGAGCGUUUUAUCAAAGGAGUUAGUCAAUAUGUCACAACCCAAAUCUACAACAGCUCUGCUGUUGAGCCUUCGGGCUCACAUGCAGAAAUUGAAAGAGCCUUUGAGUGCAUAUAUUGUACCAUCAGCAGAUGCCCAUGCUAGUGAAUAUUUGGCAGAAUGUGAUAAAAGGAGAGCAUUCAUUUCUGGUUUUACUGGAUCUGCUGGAACUGCAAUUGUAACACAAAAUCAUGCUUGCAUGUGGACAGAUGGCAGGUACUACCUGCAAGCUUCAGAGGAGAUGGAUUCCAAUUGGAAACUGAUGAAGGAGGGUGUCCCUUCAACUCCAUCUCAAGGUACUUGGUUGUCAACAUCUUUGCCAAGUGGAUCUACUGUAGGUGUAGACCCAAAUUUAAUAAGUUACAACAGAUGGUUACCACUGAGAGAGCAAUUAGAAUCUGCUGGUCACAAAUUAAUUCCGGUUGAGACGAAUUUAAUUGAUUUGGUUUGGGACAAUAAGCCAUCAGCCCCUCUUAAUCCUGUUCUACCACUGCCAUUAAUGUACACCGGCCUGAAAAUCGGCGACAAAUUGAAAGCAGUACGCGAGAAGAUGCGAGAGAAAAACGCGUCUAUUGUUGUUCUGACGUUCUUAGAUGAAAUCGCUUGGUUCUUAAAUUUGCGUGGCUCUGAUAUUGAAUUCAAUCCGGUGUUUUUCUCUUAUGUCAUCAUUAAAGAGAAUAGUUUCACUGUUUUCAUGGACCCAAAGCAAUAUACACCAACCGUUGAGGAACAUCUGAAAGAGGAAGUUGGAAAUGAAAAAUUUGUUAUUAAAAAUUAUGAUACAAUUAAGGAAGUUUUAAAGGAAAACAUGGAAGGUCUUGCAGGAAAGGUAUGGGUAUCCAACCAAGCUAAUUAUUCCAUCUUCAGCGUAAUUCCAAAGAAGUCUAUAAUCGAUGAGAACACCCCUGUGCAAUUAUUUAAGGCUAUUAAGAAUCCCGUCGAAAGACAAGGGAUGAGGAAUGCGCAUAUAAAAGAUGGUGUCGCCUUAUGUUCUUAUUUCUCCUGGUUAGAGAAGAAUGUUAGUUCCGAAACAAUUACAGAAAUUUCAGGAGCAAACAAACUCGAAGCUUUUAGAGCUGAGCAAAACGAUUAUGUUGGACCCAGUUUCGAUACUAUAAGCUCCGUUGGUCCACACGGUGCGAUAAUCCACUACAAACCUACAAGCCAUUCUGAUAUUCAAAUCAAAACUAAUUGCAUUUACCUGUGCGACUCUGGUGGCCAAUACAAAGAUGGUACCACCGAUGUUACCAGAACUAUGCAUUUUGGAACUCCCACUGAAUACGAAAGAGAGUGUUUCACAAGAGUACUUAAAGGUCAAAUCAAUUUGGGUACAAGUGUUUUUCCGACUAAAAUCAAAGGCAAUUGCUUAGAUGCUUUUGCAAGGAAAUUCCUUUGGGAUGUCGGUUUGGAUUACGCCCAUGGAACUGGACACGGCAUUGGUUCCUAUUUGAACGUUCACGAAGGCCCGAUGGAAGUUUCCUGGAGAACAACUAAGGAUGAUCCAGGUCUAGAAGCUGGUAUGUUCAUUUCAAAUGAACCAGGAUUUUACGAAGAUGGGAAAUUUGGAAUUAGAAUCGAAGAUAUUGUUGAAAUCGUAGUAGCCACCCCACCGCAUAAUUUCAAUAACAGAGGUUAUUUGACAUUCGAUACAAUUACUUUGGCGCCAAUUCAAACUAAAAUGAUCAGAGUUGAUAUGUUAACAGAGAAGGAAUUAGGUCAUCUGAAUAGAUAUCACAAGAAAUGCCGGGAUAUUUUGGGACCAAUUUUGGAACAACAAGGGAAAACUGAUGUGAAGGAAUGGCUUUGGAAAGAGACGGAACCUCUUGUAGCAUCAUAAAUUGUUUUAUUAUUUUUUGUGUUAAAUUUAUUGAUUAUUAAAUUGAUUAUUUCGCUUUGCAUUUAAA